CUCAGCACACUGUGGAGAAGUGCACCAGCAAGGUCAGCCCUUUGAAUUCCUCACACACUUAACACAUCUUUGGACAGACUAACACCAACACAGAGUACGUUUUGACACUCUGACCUCUGCUCCUAUGGAGGGGAACCACAGCGACUUGAGUGGAAUCACGCAACCAUCUGUGACCAGAGAACAGACCAACAGUCCCAUUUACGAAGUGGCAGUGCAGAGCAACUCCACCAACCACAGCUCCCAGUUUGCAGAUGUGGCCUUGUUGCAAGCUUUCAAGCCUCUCAUCAUCCCAUGUUAUGCGCUUGUGGUGGUGGUGGGAGUCUUUGGGAACUACCUGCUCCUUUACGUCAUCUGCAGAACCCGCAAGAUGCACAAUGUCACCAACUUUUUCAUCGGAAACCUGGCCUUCUCUGACAUGCUGAUGUGUGUGACGUGUGUUCCCUUCACUCUGGCCUACGCCUUCAACCCACAUGGUUGGAUUUUUGGCCGCUCUAUGUGCUACUUGGUAUUCCUCAUCCAACCCCUCACUGUAUAUGUUUCAGUGUUCACCCUCACUGCCAUAGCUGUGGACAGAUAUUAUGCAACAGUUCACCCCCUGAAGAAGCGGACCUCUGUGGCGACCUGUGCCUCUGUCCUCACUGGCAUCUGGCUCAUGUCUUGUGGCUUGGUGGCUCCCGCCGUGACUCACACGUACCAUGUUGAGUUCAAGGAGGAAGGCUUCACAAUCUGUGAGGAAUUCUGGUUGGGGCAAGAGAAAGAAAGGAGGGCUUAUGCAUACAGCACAUUAUUGGUCACGUAUGUCCUUCCACUGUCAGCUGUCUUUAUCUCUUAUCUCUGCAUCACUGUCAAAUUGAAGAAAUAUGUGGCUCCUGGCAACAGGACAAAAAGCCAAACAGGUCCUCAUCAGGCUCGCAAAAGGAAGAUCUUUCGCCUAGUUGCCCUUCUGGUGUCUGCCUUUGCAGUCUGUUGGCUUCCCAUUCAUGUGUUCAACGUGCUAAGAGACAUUGACAUUCACCUCAUUAACAAGCGCUACUUUUUACUCAUCCAACUGCUGUGUCACCUUUGUGCCAUGAGCUCAUCGUGUUGCAACCCCUUUCUCUAUGCUUGGCUUCAUGACCGCUUCCGCACCGAGCUGCGGAAGAUGUUAAAAUGCCGUCCUCGCAUUGGAGUCCCUACCAGUCAGUGUGGUGCAGGUGUAGUUUUGUAACUACAAAGUGGAGAAGUACACUCUUUGGUUUAUUUAAUGUGACUUACUGAUUCACAUUUUGGUAAAAAGGCUGCCAAGGCCAUUACACCCAUCUUCCA